AUGGCAAAUGGCGAGGGGCAUAGACAUGAGCAGCCCACCACAAUGGUUCAGGAUUGCACUGACCAGAGUCAAAAAGAGCAGAUGGCCGAAUCGCCAACGCCACUUAGCUCUCAAAACGGCGAUGCAUCAGGUGCUAGACCCAAGAAACCUGACAUUUUGUAUGGGUUGACGCUUCUCGAGCAGGGCAAGCCAGAACGAAAGUUUUACAAGGACGAGAUCUGGAAGGGCGUUCGAACUGGUCUUUCAGGCUCCGAGGUUGGCCAAUUUGACGAAGACAAUGCUGUCCUGAGUCUUGUGGUUGAAGUUGACAUAUUAGACAAGACAGGCAAAUCAGGGAACAGCCUCGCGACUUGGCGAGAGGAGCCUGCCGAUUUCGAGUUGGGUCGGGAUGCAAUGGCCAUUAACAUGGGCCCCCCUCGUGUUGAGAUUCACUCUAAGAGACUUAUUGAUGUCAUGGAACAAAUCAUGGACUACUAUCCUGCGAAACACGGAGCCUUUGAACAGUAUGAUUCCGUACUCGACGCUUGCUAUGUCGACAUCAUGCACUGCUACGCUGAGAUGAAGGCGUAUCACAAUUUAUACCUCUAA